AUGUUCGACGGCACGACGGAUCCGACCGACCAUAUCGCUCAGUACAAGCAAAGGAUGUUCACUUCUGCAAUUCCUCGCGAAUUGAGGCAGGCUUGCAUGUGUAAGGGGUUCGGUUCUAGUCUGACAGAAUCGGCCCUCCAGUGGUAUACUAACCUUCCAAAUUAUUCUAUUUCAAGUUUUGCCCAACUAACAGAUAUAUUUGUGCAGCAAUAUGCUAGUAGCAGGAAGCUUGAAAAGAUAUCGGAAGAUCUUUACGCCGUGGUGCAACAGCGUGGCGAGUCUCUUCGGGACUAUAUCAGCCGAUUCAACAAAGAGAAGGUGUCCAUCACCAAUUGCAACACCCAAACAGCGGUCACCGCCUUCCGAAAGGGUCUUCUGCCCGACUCAGACCUCUACAAAGAUCUCACCAAAUACCUUUGUAGAACAAUGAAGGACAUCCUUGCCAAGGCAUGGGCACAAAUCAAGUGGGUAGAAGAUCAAUACAGUCACCACCGAUCUUCACCGAGCAGAAACACUAGAAAGGACUCCAGGGUGGAUAGGAGGACGAGUGAUAGGCGGUCUGAACCUUACCCACCUCCACGACAAGAGUACAGAAGGAGAGAGUAUGACCAACCUUACGAGACGCGACCACGAGAAAGAGCCAAGAUACCAGAGUACAACUUAUAUAUCUCACCAGCCGAGGCGGUCUCAGCUCUCAGGAAUCUAGGCAACAAGGUCAAAUGGUCGGAAAAGAUGAGGGCACCAGCCGACCACAUAGAUAGAUCCAAGUAG